AUGCCCAAAGACUCGGUGUGCAAUGACACAUAUGAGCCUGUUGGGGGCGCUGUGCUCUUUGUCAUUGGAACAUGGUGUUGGUGCAGAAACCUUUGGCAGAGCUCUGAUCGGGCUGUUGGAGCGUGCGGAUUUCAGGUUUUUCUACAUCAUUCAGCUGCUGGUGAGCGUGACGACGUCUCAGUUCUCUCCGUCGUCCUGGAUCAGCGGUGGCGUCUGCAGCUCCGUCAGUUCCUUCCUCCAGCCGUCACUCCGGGACAGAUGGGUCCUCUGGCGGCCGUCCCCAUCCUGGCCGGCCUGAACGGCGUCCUGGGCAUCUGGGCCGUGUUUGGAGUGGCCUGGUUGAGUGGGACCGUGACUCUGACAGAGGAUUUUCCGUACAUCAGUACGUGUGGAGACCAACCUCCUGCUAGCUGCUGGUUCUCUCAGGUCUGCAACAUCGGCUGCGUCCUUGCUCUGAUAUUCGAGACUCUGCGGUUCCGACAUCUGAAGGAUUGUCCAAAGUGCUCCAGCCGUCUCAACAUCGCCAGCUUCAGUUUGGGAAUCAUCUCCUCCGUGGGAUUGUCCAUCACCGGGAACUUCCAGGUCUCAUCCGUCACGUCGGUUCAUUACAUCGGUGCGUUUCUGGGGUUUGCUGGUGGCCUGGCCUACCUCUGGAUUCAGCUGUUGCUCAUCAGCAACCGGAUCCUGAAAUAUUCCGGAUACGCGCUCUGUUCCGUCUGCACGGUUCUGCUCUGCUGCCUGGUGGGCUUCCAUCACUCACGUCGUUACCACGCCGCCGCCAUCUGUGAGUGGACGCUGGCCACGCUGUUCUUCCUGCUCUACCCGCUGUUUGUGUUCGAGUUUGCAGACAUUAAAUGCAAACUCACCAUAAAGUCCUCGGGUUGUGGACAGCACGGGUCCGCCGAGCCUCAGUACCAACCAGGAGACUCGGAUGCAGCAACGGCGCUCUGACGACCCGUCUCUCUGUCACCAUGGAAACACUCCUGCUUGGAGGACCUGGGCCCUGUGGGUCAAAGGCUGCGUUCACACUGCAGCCUGACGUGACGCCAUUCGGUUUAAGCUGAAGCUCACCUUCAUCACCUUCAUCACCUUCAUCACCUUCAUCAUUGAGCUGAGAGAAAAACUUCCUGGUGGCCAUUUCUGUCUGACAACACAUGAAAAAUAACCUAUUUACAAAAAUAUUUAUUAAUGUGCUUUGUCCCUACCAAUAACAUUAAAUUCAACCCUC